ACCGCAUAAGGAGUAUAUACACUCAUUCUGGGAGAAGAAUUAUAUACACAAAUGCAGGGCACUGUUUUUCUUAGAAGAACCAAUGACUGCUUUUUGCCAGCUAAGAUCCCUUUUUAGCGUAGUGCUGCCAUGGCUGUUGUUCAGCUCACACUUUGCCAGCGCCAAGACUUUCAGGUAUGGAGAUUUCAACGAAUCAAGUAUAAUAUUGCUAAAGGAUGCUUCAAUACGCUCUCAUCGGGUGCUCACCCUAACCAAUCAAACCCAGCGUACAAUGAGUCGUGUUCUGUACCCCAGCCCCAUCAAAAUAAAAGCCAGCAAUAAUUCAGUUUUGUCAUUCAGCACUACCUUUGUCUUCUCCAUUGCGGCUCCAUCGGAGGGAAUGCAUGGGAAUGGAUUAGCCUUUAUCAUGGCUCCCAAUAAGUCCAUAGUAGGCGCCACAGAUUCCCAGUAUCUUGGACUCUCCACGCCUACAACAAAUGGGCUUGAAUCCAACCAUUAUCUAGCAGUCGAAUUUGAUACAGUUUAUGACCCGGAUCUUGGAGAUAUAGACGACAACCAUGUUGGGGUUAAUAAAAAUGGCGUUAAGUCAUUCGCAUCUCAGCCCGCAGCCUAUUGGACUGACAAAGGUCAUUUCAACAAUUUGAGUAUGAAAAGUGGAGAGAAUAUCCAAGCCUGGAUUGAUUAUGAUCAUGUUAAAGACCGACUUAAUGUGAGUAUUGCAGUCGUCGGGAUGGAGAAGCCUGUGCGGCCAUUGAUAUCGGUUACGAAAUUCAAUCUUUCUGCAGUUUUGAAGGAUGAAGUGUAUGUGGGGUUUACUUCAUCCACAGGGACUUAUGCUAUUGAAGGUCAUUACAUUCUCGGCUGGAGCUUCAGUACGGAAGGGAAAGUACCGUCCCUAGAUCUCUCAGAUCUACCUUCAUUCAUCAAGAAAAAGCCGAUAACUAAAUCCAGAGGCUUUACCGCCGGUGUGACUGUACCAUCUCUGGUUGUGUUCCUUGUUGCCGUUCUGUUUGCGUUACAUAAAGUGAAAGAAAUAAAAGAGAGGGAGAAGAUUGAAGAAUGGGAGCUAGAGUUUUGGCCUCACAGAAUUCCCUACAAAGAGUUAAAAGCUGCCACACAAAACUUCCGAAAUGAUCAGCUGGUGGGUUGCGGGGGUUUCGGACGAGUUUACAAGGGCGUUCUCGGCAGAAGUGGCCUGGAAGUUGCAGUGAAAUGCAUCACAAAGGACUCUACUGCAGGAAUGAAGGACUUUAUUUCUGAAAUCUCCAGCGUGGGUCGUCUCCAGCACAGAAACCUUGUUCAAUUGCGGGGCUGGUGUAGGAAAAACAAGGAGCUGUUUAUUGUUUAUGACUAUAUGCCAAACGGAAGCCUGGAUAAAUUGAUAUUCCCAAAUCCAAAAGAAAAAACAGAAGUUCUUUCAUGGGCCCGAAGAUAUGCAAUUCUGAAGGGGAUCGCUGCAGGGUUGUUGUAUCUUCACGAGCAAUGGGAACGCAGAGUGGUUCACAGAGACGUGAAAUCCAGCAAUGUGUUACUCGAUUCAGAGCUUAACGCAAAGCUUGGGGAUUUUGGGCUUGCUCGUUUGUACGAUCACACCCAAAAUCCAGAGACAACUCGGGUCGUGGGGACUGUUGGGUAUAUCGCUCCAGAAGUCACGAAUACAGGGAAAGUUACUCCAAGCUCCGAUGUAUUCAGUUUUGGUGUUGUUUUGCUGGAAGUUGCAUGUGGCAGGAGGCCCGUAGAUUUGUCCAAGGAGAAUGAACAGAUUGUUUUGGUGGAUUGGGUGAAGAAUUCAUACCAAAAUGGAGAAAUCUUGCACGCAGCUGACCCAGAUCUUGAUGGUGCGUAUGAUGCGGAAGAAAUGGAAUUAGUGCUGAAAUUGGGAUUGGUUUGUUCUCAUCCUGAACCAGAAAAAAGGCUUGGCAUUGGAACGGUCCUGCAAAUACUGGAAGGCCAGGCACCUUUUCCAUCUCAUCAGAUUCAGUGGAUUUCAUAUGAUACGAGUUGCAAAGAUUAUGGCAGUGUUAUUGUUCAUAUUACAGAUGAAGAAGUAACUACUGAUCAAUUGGGUUCCGUUCCUGUGUCUGUGGAAUCUGCAACAACUUCAACAAGCCAUGGUUAUGACAAAGAUUCUGAUUAUGAUGUAGGCAGAUGAUUUUAUAAGUCUAAAUAGGCUCCUGCAAUUAUAUGCUACAUUUCAAUGGAUUUCUACUUGUAAUAGUUGUAUGUUUGUGGUGUGGUUAGCACUUAGCAGCAAUGCUCUGUUCUCUGGUUUCGCUGCUCUGCAGCCGUUGAAACUCUGUACUCAUUCAAUGUAUAUUAAUAUCCUUAUUCCACCUGUCAAACAGUUGUAGUCAAUUUGUUGAAGGUAAUCUGUGAGGAUGAUAGUAUGUAAUAAAAAAGUUAUCAACAA